AUGGCCACGCUUAGUAUUUCAAAUAGUGCAACCCAUGGAGUUGAUCGUGUGGCAGACAUCAACCCGUCUAAACUAGAAUGGUCCGUGGUGGUGGGCGUUGUUCGACUGUACGAGGUUCCGAGUCAGUGGAAUCCGGAUGAAGCUUUUAGCAUCGAGAUGAUCCUUCAGGAUGAACGGGGUGAUCGGAUCCAUUGUAGUGUACCGAGGAACAGCAUUGUGAUAUUUAGGAGUGUUAUCCGCGAGCAUGAAAUCUAUUCCAUGAAGAACUUCAUUGUGCAAGGCUAUGGAAAACUCACCCCUGACACAUUUGUUUUCAACCCGUUUCGAUUCACAAAGUAUGAAGAAAUUGAGGCAAUGGCUUCAGUUGUCGCUCAAAACCACUUGAUCGAUUGCAUUGGUCAUGUGGUAGCUAAAGAAGAUGCAAGAGAUUUGGUUACCAAAACUGGGCAACACACUAAACGCAUGGUGGUUUACUUGGAGGAUUUAGAGGGACAUAAGAUGAAGUGUACUCUAUUUGGCACCUUUGUUGAUGAAGUGGUUACAUUCUUGCAUAGGCCAGAUUUUUACUUGAGCAAGGUGAUCUAG